AUGGUAUGCAAUAGCGUUUUGAUUAUUGCUAUUCUAAAAAAUAAGAACUUACGACAUCGUCGGGAAAUUCAAAUUAUUCUCGCCUUAUCCUUUGCUGAUUUUGCUGAAGCAUUUGCUACAUUUUGUGGUGGUUUGUAUCGAAUAUCAGUGAUACUUUUGGAUCUAAAAAAUACAAAGUUCCGAUUAAUUGACUGCAUGCUACUACCUCACUCUUGGUUGUGGCGUUGGUCUGACUUCGCAACUUCUUUCAUGCUUCUUACUUUAACAAUUGAUCGUUUAUUUUCCGUGUGUCUUCCACUGAAAUACAUCACAUGGAGAUCAACUUAUUCAUGUAUCGUCAUUGGAACGCCUUAUUUGUUAUCUCUGCUUUUAUCAAUGCUUGCAUGGCAUCGACCUCUCACAGUGCAUGCUGAAAUAUCUAUGCUUUGCAUGAACGUUUAUAUAUCACCAACCUUUUAUGCGCUUUCCAAAUAUUUAACAGCAGCUGCCAGUGUUCUUAGUAUUCUUUUAUACAUUCCUGUGAUGUAUCUUGUUCGAAUACAAAGAAAUCGGGUUGAAAGGGCCAUUGCUCAUUCACAGGCAAUGAUUCAACGUCAGGCUCAAUUACGAAUGACAAUGACAAUAGCAUUUUCCGCUUUUGCGACUAUUUUUCUCGAUGCUAUUCCACGAGCUUUAGGUGUGUAUGGUAGUUUCAACGGAAAUGAAUCUGAGGAGCAGUGUGAAAGUGUGAUGCAAAUAUUAUUUCAUUUAACGAAAAUUAAUUCAAUGGUUAAUUUAUUCCUCUAUUAUCGUCGUAAUCCUGCAAUUCGAGCAUCAAUUUUAAUCGUUCUUCGCAUGUUUCGAGCUGGUAAAUCUUGUUUUGUUUUGUUUUUUCAACUUGAAAACCUUUGA